CGUUUUCCCUAGAAUCGCAGGACAUCGCUCGAUCAAGCAACUCUCUUCCCUUUUUCUUUUUAUUCCAAAAAUCCCUCUUUUCUUUCCUGUGUAGAGAGAAGAACAAUAUGGCUGAUGGGUAAAAAGCAUGGAUAAAACUUGUGAGGUUGAGUGAGAUGGGAAGUCAGUACUACAAAGAAACAACUACAACCGAAAAAUGGACAAAUAGCACAGGAAAUCUUACUGUAAAAGAAGAAACCUAUUGGUUCCGAGAGGCUCGCCCGCCAGACUGGAGCCAGAUAGUAUAUGAACUAGAAUGGGCCUGGGAUGUCCAUGUGUACGGGUCGGGAAGUCUCUUCUGCGUGUUGUCCAUUCUGUGUUUGCUCACUGUUCUCCGCCUCAAUUCUCAACUGACCGAAAGACCACACUUGUCAUCCCUCAACAUAUUUUUAGGAAUACUCGCCACUUCUAGAUUCAUCGUUCUAUUCGCCGAUCCCUACGGAUCUAGAAAGGCUCUACCGGUGGUGAUGCUGCAAGUGCUGUGGGACCUGGGCUAUCCAUGCCUCGUGUCUGCAUUCGGUCUUUUGCAACUAUCAUUUGUGAGGACGACUCAAGUGAAGAUGUCGCAGAUGAGUGACGAGAGCACCGCCACUGUCAUCAUCACCUUUCAUUUCUGUCUCAUCAUUACAUCUGGCGUCCUUGCAGCCCUUCAGCAUUCCCUUAGGAUAGUGUGGCUAUUUGUGCAGGUGUUAUUCAUAGCGUGGGGCAGUUUUCUCUGUCUUUCAUCCCUUCUUGGUUGUCUUCGCUUAUUACGUUCCAUUGUCCAGGUGCAGAUCAUUAUGCAGGCUGACCGCAGAUGCGAAAUUAAGAACCUGACGCCAGUCAACAUGUUCGCGGAACCUGGAGCAGAGGUUCAACUCAUGCCUCGAAUCCGAAUCACUGAUGUCAACGAACAAACUCACAGUUUCACAGCCAGCACAGUCUCCCUCCAUUUGGAUCAACAGAGAACACCACCACCACCUCAGCGUUCUGAAACUUAUCCUAUGAAUUCUAUUCCUCACUCGCCAACGCGAUUCAAUCCACCAGAUUCUAAAACCAAAGCAGAAGAUGCGGCUGUCAUGAAACCUCUCAUUUCUGUUACUUUAUCGCCUGAUGAAGAAACGAACAAAAAUAUAUUGAUCUCGUCCUCUAACAUUCACUCGCCUAUAAGCCGUUGCGUGGAAGAACUGAAGAUCCGUCCGUGCCGAAGCCGUAUUGAAAAGCAGUUAAGGCGCCUGAUGUGCACCUCGUCCUUUGGUGUGGCUCUCUGCCUCCUCAAGGCCUACGAAGUGUUUGGACCGCACGCUUUCCUAUACUCAGUGGCUGCUCUACCCUGGUUCUUCUUUCAAACCAUCAGCAGGAUUGUAGAAUUCACUAUGGCAUUUGCAAUGGUGAGCAUAAGCCAGCAAUCCAUGAACAACAACCACUACUUCUAUCCUAAGAACUGAUACGGCCUUUUAAGAAGCAGACGAUAACGACAGAAAUUUUCAAUGGUUGUCUCUUGUCAAGCGAGAAACCUAUGAUGAAAUGGUUGCUACUGUCACUGAGGUGACGUAUAUUGCAUUUAAGGAUGGCAAAAGUAUUUAUACAACCCCCUUGGAAUAAUCGAUCGACUGUCACAAGUGGAGAAUUCAAAUUCCUGAUAUUUAUCAUUUCGUAAUCCAAAAUCAAAAUAAUUUUGAAGUCAUUAGACUCAUAACGUGAGCAUUGUGUUUACUGGAAAAAUUAUGAUUAAUUUCUUUUAAACAAAACUUGAGUUAUAAUUUUUCUUCUUAACUUUCACGUUAAUUACUUAAAUUACUAAUCUUUCGACCGAAAUACAUGAGAUCGACUCAUGAAGCUCGUUCAAGGUUAACAGGAAUGGUACUGUCUGUCUAAACGAAGAGCUCCUCCCAACUUCUGAGUCUGAGGCUGUCUCUUGCUAUGGAAACAUGUUAAGAUGCAGCUCAAAGAAGAGAACUCAUGAUACUUCAUUCGCCAAUCCGAUCUUAAAAUCUGUUGUAAAGGCCUGUUUAUACGAUCCAAGUUCUUGGACGAAGAUUGAUUGAAAUUUGUUUUGCUUUGAGCUUAGAUCGUGUAAACGAUCAUCCAAGUUCUUGGUCCAAAUCUUUGGAUGAUAGUAGAGCUUUUUCUACUUUUCACAUCCAAGUCUUUCCUCCUUUAACCAAUCAGCUUCUUAAGUUUUGUGACGUUAACAAGCGGCCAUCAGAUUAUGCCAUUUUGUUGUCCGUUUUCAUAUAUUUUAGUUCAAAUAAAUUAAUCUGUUAUGAU